UGUAGCCAAAGACCGUCUUUGCCAACGUCUUGCGCGGAGUCCCGUGCAAGGAGCAGCGUACGCAUGGUACGCGCCCAGCAUGGACCGCGAACCGCAGACCGCCCUCCUAGGCUCGCCCCCGUCUGCUGCUGCAGCCGUGCACCCGGAAGAGACCCGUCAGGGCCUCUUGUCGCGUGACGACAACGAACUGGCUGAUCUCGGCGCAAAGGAGGCUCCCGAGGCGGCGCCGCUGCAGGGUCCCCUACCGACCGGCCGCUGGGCACCCGCGGGCAGCAUCAACGGCACAUACCAAAGGGCGAACCUGUGCCUCGUCGCGCUGUGGCUGCUGAGCUUCAUCGUUCUUGGUGCCUCGGCCAGCGCGCUGCCGCCUGCGAUGCAGCUGCCCGAGGUGAUUCCUCUCGCGGCAUACGCCGUCGCGUGUUCUGUCGUCCACAUCCUCCUACUGUUCCUGCAGCUGAGGACCAAGCCUGCCUCCAGCGCGAGCCCCAGGCCACCCCUCUCGUACCUUGGCGGCACUGCCGUGUCGGCCGUCAUGUGGGCGGGCGCCGUGGGAUGCGCCGUGCCGAUGCUGCUGUGGACGCGGCGCGUCCGCGGCGAGCGCGACGAGAGCAAGACGACAUACCACUGCGGCAAGUAUUCGUCCGGCCCCUGCCAUCCUUAUACGGCGAGGGCCGUUUUGUUUGAGCGAGCAGUGUUUGUGCUCGUCGUGUCGUGCCUCGCGCUGACGGCGCGGCUUGCGCAAUGCUACGUACUCUCGGGCCUGUGGCGGCGGCACUUUACGCCCCAGGAAAUCAAGGCUGCGCGCUUGCAUGAUGCGCCUGCGCCGGGCCCGCGGAUGUCCCUUCGGCAGGCCUGGCUUGAUGGAUGGCGACAGGGCUGGACUGGUGGCAAGUAGCCAUGCUAGUAGCUGCGUGAAUGUAUCUGACUGUGCUCACUGAUACCAUCGUGCCAGUCCUGUUCCGCCUAUCAGUGCUUCAGUCUGCCAAAUCGACCUGGUGCAAAGGUUCCCAAUCAAGUACCCAUCUCCCCAGCGCGUGCUCCAGACACCCUGAUCCCAUCUACCCCCCAUCGCCAUGGCUUCUCUUUGAUAGUGGCUAUGAGGGAUCGCCUCGCUCUUUGGUGAUUUCGGCCGCAAAUCUCCGCUUCAGGGGCGGCAGUGAGUUCACAAGCCUCAUCCCCGCUCGCAGAAACAUGGUUGCAAGCGUGCCCGUCAGCCCCGGCUUGUACACGGCGUCGUCGGCGUUGAACCGCUCCAACGACUUGUCCACCCGGGUCCACGCGUAGGCAUGCAUGUCGCGCUCAUAGCUUGCCACCGCCUGGAC